UCCACCUACUGGUCCGUCCAAUUCGUCUGUGCUGCUGGGAAACCUCUGCCGGCAUCAUUAUCAAUAACCUCCCAGCAUGCCACCAGUUGGAGAGCAGAGGACGUAAUGACAGCCGACAAGGAGAAGAGAAGAGCGAUUAGCCGCGAGGCAGCCCGACGUAGGCGGCGAGUGGAAUCCGACGUGUUUGGGGAUCUAUCCCGCCUCCUACCCCUUCAGCCUUCCAUCAGAGCCCACUUGGACAAACCUUCCGUCAUCCGCCUCACCCUGAGCUACAUUCGUAUGCAGGCGCUUCUCAAAGAAGCUGCAGGAUCCGGAGUACAGCUCGGAAACAUCUUGAAAUUCCACCAUGGAUUGGAAGCAGGAGAGGGAUUUUGGUUUGAGUUUGAGAAACAGAAGCAGGAAUUCACUCCUUUGGAUGAAACCAACAUGUACCUGAAGAUCCUGGAGGGAUUCCUGAUGGUCCUGUCCACCGCAGGGGAUAUGAUCUUCUUAUCGGACAACGUCAGCAAAUACAUGGGCUUGAGUCAGACUGAGCUGAUGGGGCACAACAUCUUUGAGUACACUCACCCAUGUGAUCAUGAGGAGAUCAGACAUAAUCUACGUCAGACUGCAGAACUUGGGUUCAGUCUGAAGAGGGACUUCGUCAUGAGGAUAAAAAGCGCUUUGACGCACAGAGGAAGAAUCGGCAACCUCAAGUCAACCACCUGGAAGGUGCUCCACUGUCAGGGCAGAGUGAAGCUGAGUGUGUCCUCCUCUUCGGUGUCCUGCCUGCUGCUGACUUGCAGACCUCUGCCACUGUCGCACACACUCCUCAGCACGCACACCUUCACCAGCCAGCACAGUAUGGACAUGAGGUUCACCUACUGCGACCAAAGAGUGACCUCUCUUCUAGGUUACAGGCCGGAGGAGUUGCUGGGCCGGUCCAUCUACGAUCUCUGUCAUACUCUGGACACAAACUGCCUGAAUAAAAACCACUUGAACUUGUGUCUGAAGAGUCAAUCCGUCAGCGGUCAGUACAGGAUGCUGGUUAGAAGCGGCGGUUACGUCUGGGUGGAGACUCACAGCGCCGUCAUUCCCGGCGUCCAGACGUCCAGGUCCAGACCCAACCCCAGUCAGCCGCUCUGCAUCCUCAGCGUCACCUAUGUCCUCAGUGGAGUGGAGGAGCCGUCGCUGCAGCUCUCUUUGGACCAGACCUUCCAGAGAUAUUUGAGAUGAAAUCAGAGGUCAAAGAAAUAUUUUGCACGCCUUUUUGAAUGCUCUUGUAUUAUUUCCCCCAAU